AUGUCUGAUAAGCAACCACCCACGUCACAACCCACUCCAUCUGCUGAUGGGGGUAGGCCCUUGGGUCCUGAUGGGAAGCCAUUGCCGGGGCCUCAGCAGAUGCAGCAGGUUAUGGCACAACGGCGCAUGGCCCAACAGCAGGCUCAAGUGGAUGAAGUGUGUGGGAUUAUGAAGGAUAACCUGGAAAAGGUCUUAGAGAGAGACUCCAAACUGAAUGAGCUUGACGAGAGAGCCGAUGCUUUACAGGAUGGAGCCUCCCAAUUCGAGAAGCAAGCUGGCAAACUGAAGAAUAAAUUCUGGCUCCAAAAUUUAAAGUCCAUGAUCAUGAUGGGAGCCGUGGGAUUGAUUCUUUUGCUCCUGGUUUACUGGAAGUUCUUUGCGUCUGACCCAGCUCCCAACUACUAUUACCCCCCACCUCCACCGCCCCCUCCUCCAGGCCAAUCACAGGGACACAGUGCCGCUGAUGCUGGGGGUGCUUCGGAAUAAGCAGCACCAGCACAUUUCUCAAAGCUUUAUCUUCUUCAUACUAGCUGGCUACUCAAACCAAACGUACCAAGCAGUUGGUGAAGCACAAUUAGAGAACUCCCCUGUACUCUUUGCCAACAUCUUUAUUUCUCCCCCCGCUUCAUAACUACUUUGAUUUGUAUGUGCGCGUGUAACAAAACCAUUUCUACUGAGAUUGAUUAUCCUACCGCUUGACCUUUAUGCAUUGACCCCUUCUACUGUAGGCUCCUACUUAGCAAAUUUGGCAGGCUUUUUGAAAACCUAGCGUCAAUUGUUAAAUGAAGAUUUCGUAUGGUUACUAAACAAUCCUGCUUAUCCCAAUAUUUCAAUUUUGAGUCUCCAUCACCUUCCUAGAGGCCACCGUUCGAUGCUCUAUCUAUUGAAAAAAACGCCCCAAAGAGAUCAUUGUCAAAUCCACAUUCAAACUCAAUGAACGCAUUGAGUUCUGAAAUGUCAAGAUACUACAUUUCCCGACAAACCAAAUAUUUCCCUUCCAUACAAAGCUCCAAAUCUCUCUUUUCCUCUAUCUCUUUCUCUCUCUCUUUCUCUUUUCCCUUCCCGCUUUAAACUAUUCUGAUUCGUCUGAAGAAAAUUUCAGAUUAAGUAGACAUGCUCAUUCAUUUUCAACCCACCCCCUUUCUUCAGUUCAUACCUAUAACAAAUAUAAAUCUUCUAUGAUAUGGCUCCUUGAAUAUCCAAAUAAAGCAUUAAGUCAUAGACAA